AUGGUUUACAAUAUGGUCAACCUUCAAGCGGCCACGUCCACAGAAAAUCUCCGGGCUCUUGAAGAAGUCAAGGAUUUCCAUACGACAGAUCUCGGACGGGGGGGUAAGGAACAAUGGACCUAUCACAUACUGCCAGAGGCUGCACUUGAUGUUGAACUGCAUCGCAUGUCCAAUGCGACCUCAUCAGCAUCUGUUGACAGCGUUACUUUUCAGCCAUGUGCGGCUUACGCCGAUCUCAAUCAAGACCGGUACAGCAUUGAGGAGUGGGAGCUCCCUGGCGGAGUUUGGCAGUUCACGGCAAUCUAUGAUGGUCAUUGUGGCCACGACACUGUAAAUUAUGUCCACAAGCGACUUCCCUCGAUGGUCAGGACGUCACUGCAAGCUCUUCUUCAGAGCGUACCUACCACAUCCCUGAAGCCGGAAUUCGUUUCGGAAGUACUGUGUAGUGCAGUCAGGCAUCUAGAUCACUCUAUUCGUUCAGACCUUUUGGACUUCUUACCUCAUGAUCACCUUACAAAAAUGAGCGACGUCCAACUCAACCAACACAUCUCACAUCGUUAUUCUGAAUGGAAUGCUAUAUCAGCACGCUGCACUCAAGGCUCGACGGUACUUUUAGCUUUAUCCGACCCACUGAAGAAAAAUGUAUGGAUUCUCAAUCUGGGAGAUUCCAUGGCGGUUCUUGGCAGCAGAUCCUUGCCAUCUGGGAAAUGGUCCGCGAUGGUCGUCAAUUCUAUACAUAAUUGUAACAAUCGCUCGGAAAGUCAGCGCAUACAACAAGAGCAUCCAUCAGAGCAAGCUUGUGUGUGUGACAACAGAGUAGUCGGAUAUCUGGCUCCGACCCGAGCGUUGGGGGACACAUGGCUCAAGGUCCCUUCGGUUUACACUCACCGCGUUUUUGCGUCGCACUUGCAAGACUGGUUACCGCCGCAUCAGGCAGCACAGUAUGCCAAUCGUAUUCUUACUCCUCCGUAUAUAUCCGACCUCCCUGAGGUCUAUCACCACUCCCUCGGCGUCUCUCAACACGAAACACUCCUCAUCCUGUCAUCUGACGGCCUGCAGGACUUGUAUGACAAUCACGAUACUCAAUUAUCGGACCAAGAAAUGGCAGACCGCUGGGUGGGUUUGGUUGGACAUCACAUGCACUCCACGGACAUGGAUUUGCAAAGCAAUUUAGCACUCAGGCUCUUGCGGGAUGCUGUCGGUGGAGAUAACACAGAGCUUGUUUCCCGAAAUCUCACUUUGGAAAUGGAAGAUAAAUGGAUGGACGAUAUCACAAUUCUAGUGCAGCGAUUCCAGUAGAUAUGUUCGGGAUAGUGUACCUGGCAGUAUGUUACAGUAUGUACGUAUUUAUUCUAGACCUACGUUAGAGACUUAAUCAUCCAUUAUCCACGGUUUAAAUUUCCGAAAAUGCGACCCACUAUGCCACGCUUGCUAAACAAACACUAUGCAGUUUCCUUAAGAUAUACUUCCCAAUUAUCGUGAUACACGCAUGAAUGUC